UUUUAUCUUCAAGUUGUAAUUUCAUUCACUUGGAGUUCUAGUCUCCAUCUUAUUGAAAUUUUCAUAACUAGAGAGAAAAUUUGUGAUCUUAUUCUGUAUUAGUGUAUUAAUCUGUCAUUUUAUUCUUUAUUUCCCCAUAUGCAAGUUGGUAGGUUUCAGAUGGGCUUAUAUUAAUUUUGCAUGUAUUAUUGUUGUUAAAAUGUGUCUGUGGAUUGAACCAACAUUCUUGCAAAUGUCUUUUGUCUGUAAUUCAACUGCUGUCACUUUUAUCUAUAUUAACCCAUAAAUUAUUAUUAAUAUAUGGCUUGAAUUGGGAAGAUGGAGAAUAAUUUUGUAGUUCUAGGUAAUGGCUUUAUUUUGGUCCUUUUUCUGAGGCAGUUUUUUCCGAUCUUUUCCAUAUUAUAAUUCUCAGAUGCUAUGUAUUUUGUGUGCCAUUGCUCAAACUUACAAGUUAUUGUAUUCACAUACCCUGGUAAGAAUGUGAGAGAAGCAAAUCAUUUCAAACUGGAUAUGCGUUGCAUUUCCUUUCCUUUCUGUGCUAGAGUUCUUGAUUGACACAGUAGCUUUAUGUUAUCAUCUACGCUUCAAAAGUGUCUUUGAACUGGAGAUGUAUGACAUUGUGGCUCAUUCAAUGUAGAUUGAAGAACAGCUGAGUAUAGACAACCACAGGAUGUACCAAUACAAACUACCCCCGAGAAGUUAGCUAGAAGAUAGGACUUAUAUGUGAUUUCUACAUGAUUGAUUGUGUUGUCAACUUGUUGGUGGGUUUGUAAGAAGAGUUUCAUUUGAUUGAAGGAGAAAACUAAGUAACGUAGUGAAAGGUUCCAUAUGGCUAUUCGAACAAGAGCAAGCAUUAGGCUUCAGCAGUGUGUCAACAAACAUUCGAAUGACAGUUAUCAAACUGAAAACUGGAGGAUUAUGGGUCCACGCACCUAUUGCUCCAACCAAGGAGUGUAUUCAGCUUGUGAAGGAGUUGGGGGCUCCAGUAGAAUACAUUAUCCUGCCUACAUUUGCUUAUGAGCAUAAAAUUUUUGUUGGUCCAUUUUCAAGAAAAUUUCCACGGGCCCAAAUAUGGGUGGCACCAAGGCAAUGGAGUUGGCCACUGAACUUGCCACUUGAAUUUUUUGGGAUUUUUCGUGCCAAAACCUUAAAAGAUGAAGAUUUAUCUACUCCAUGGGCUGAUGAGAUCGAACAGAAAGUUUUAAGCUCACCAGAAGUUGGAAUUGGACCAUAUGUAGAGGUAGCUUUCUAUCAUAAGCGUUCAAGAACACUAUUAGUAACAGAUGCUGUGAUUUUUGUCCCAAGAAAGCCACCUCAAUGUAUUAGCAAGGAAUCCUUGUUAGCAUCAGCAAAGAAUGGGUUGGCUGUAAAACUUCUGAGUAAAGGAAAGGAGGUGCCUCAGGAACCAGUUGUCGACAAUCCGAUGAACCGUCAAAAAGGGUGGGAAAGAAUGGUUCUCCAGAUAUUGUUUCUUGGACCAUCCAAUCUCUUGGAACCUAAUGCUACUUUUGCUCAAAUGUCACAGAAAUUGAUUGUAUCCCCUAUUGUAAAGACUCUAGUAUUCAGCAAAGUGCCUGAGAAGGUCAGGGAUUGGAUCGAUAGAAUUGCCCGCGACUGGAGAUUCAAGAGAAUUAUCCCUGCUCAUUUUGAUGGUCCAAUAAAUGCAGGCGGGUCUGAAUUCUUAGCAGCAUUUGCUUUCCUAGAUGACCUUUUGGGUGAGCGUGAAUUUACCUGGCCUUCACUUUCUCUUAUUUUCACAUCACUUAUGGGAAAGGCUGCCAGUUACUUCCCUCCUGAUGACAUGAAGACUUUAUCAUCCCUCGAUCAAUUUUUAGUCUCAGUGGGAGCUGUAAAGAAGACCGUCUCAGGGCGAAAAAGAGCAGCAUGACAUAUAAAAUUUAGCUACAGAAUUUUCACCGACUUAAAAAACUUUUAUGAUCAUUGUAUAACACGUUCAUAUAUGAAUAGAAAAAGUGUACAGCUUUGAAUUUUGCUGCCAACAAGUGUUUAGAUAUUCAGGAUUGAUGAUACCCAUAAGGUAAAAAAAUAAAGCAGAAAGUUAUUUUCUUCUUCUAA